ACCAACAUUUGUGUGCAGUUGUAUCGGGCACUGACAGGAACAUUAACAAACCAGCUGGCAGAGUUUCUUGGUGGUGUGUGUUGUACAUCAAGAUGUUUGCCGUUCACCUUUUUUCUUUCUUCUUCUCCAAACUCCAGGAGGACCCCACAAAGAAGGUGGACAGGUUUCUGUACGCCAUGCGCCUCCAUGACGACCAGUUAAGUGACAUCUCAGCCCGUUUCCAGGCUGAGAUGAAGAAGGGGCUUUCAGCAGAAAGCAACGCUGCAGCAGCUGUGAAGAUGCUGCCAACACAUGUCCGCUCCACUCCUGAUGGAUCAGAGAAAGGACAGUUCCUGGUGUUGGAUCUCGGAGGCUCCAGGUUUAAGGUGCUCCAAGUUAAAGUGAGAGAGGGCAUGGGGAUCAGGAGGGGAGGAGUGGAGAUGGAGGAGAAGACCUACCCGAUACCUAAGGAGCUACUCAUUGGGAGAGGCACUGAGCUAUUUGACCACGUGUCAGAGUCUCUGAAGGACUUCAUGCAUGAGAAGAACAUCAGUAUGGAGAAGAAACAUCCUCUGGCCUUUACUUUUUCCUUCCCCUGUGAACAGUCCGCCUUAAAUCAGGGAUCAUUGUUAAACUGGAGUAAAAACUACCGGCCUCGAGGCCUUCUGGGUAAAGAUGUGGUGCAGACCCUCAGAGGGGCUAUUGACAGGACUGGGGGUAUGGACAUAGAGCUGUUGGCCAUGGUCAACGACACUGUUGCAACCAUGAUGACCUGCGGCUUUGAUGAUCAGUACUGUGAAGUAGGACUCAUCAUUGGUACUGGCACCAAUGCGUGCUACAUGGAGGAGCUGCGUCACGUUGACCUGGUGGUGGGAGACGAGGGCAGGAUGUGUGUGAACACUGAGUGGGGAGGCUUCGGAGACGACGGGGCUCUGAAAGAUUACAUCACUGAGUUUGACAAGGAAGUGGACGCAGCCUCCAGCAACCCUGGGAAACAAAUCUUUGAGAAGAUGGUCAGUGGGAUGUAUCUGGGUGAGUUAGUGAGGCUUGUUGUUUUAAAGAUGGCUAAACUGGGGUUGCUGUUUGAAGGACGGGUGUCUGAAGCCCUGAAGACUAAAGGGAAGAUAACCACUGCACAUGUAGCAGCCAUGGAGCAGUACAAAAACGGUCUGAACAACACCAAAAACAUUCUCACAGAUCUUGAUUUGAACCCAACAUUUGACGACUGUGUUGCUGUUCAGCAUGUCAGCACCAUAGUGUCCUUCAGGUCCUCAAAUCUGGUGGCUGCAGGACUGGCUGCCAUCUUGACUCGAAUCAAGCAAAACCGCAAUUUGAGGACAUUUAGGAUCACUGUAGGUGUGGAUGGAACUUUGUACAAGACGCAUCCACAGUAUCCUAAACGUCUCCACAAAGUAGUGCGGCGGCUGCUUCCUGAGUGUCAGGUCAGGUUUGUCCUCUCAGACAGAGGCAGCAGCAAAGGAGCUGCCCUGGUGACAGCAGUCGCCCAACGACUGGCAUCACGGAGGCAACAGGUUGAUGAGACGCUGUCUCCCUUCAGACUGACUGCAGAGCAGCUGCAGCUGGUGAAGAGCAGGAUGCGUGCCGGGCUGGAAGCAGGGCUGAAAAGUAAAGGCUCCUCUGCUAUCAAGAUGCUGCCUUCUUUUGUGUACCGUACACCUGACGGCACAGAGCAUGGAAAGUACCUUGCCUUGGAUCUGGGUGGAACAAAUUUCAGAGCGUUGCUGGUGAACUUUAAAAAAGGUCUGCAUCAGAACACACGACUUUACCACAAGAUCUACACCAUACCACUGGAGAUAAUGCAGGGGACCGGAGAGGAGUUGUUUGAUCAUAUAGCGCAGUGUGUCAGUGACUUCCUGGACUACAUGGGGAUGAAGAACGCUCAUCUUCCCGCCGGCUUCACCUUCUCUUUCCCCUGUGAGCAGACAGCCAUCGACACGGGCACGCUGGUGAGCUGGACCAAAGGCUUUAAGGCCACAGACUGUGAGGGACAUGAUGUUGUCGGCAUGCUGAGGGAUGCCAUCAAGAGGCGCAACGAGUUUGACUUGGACAUAGUGGCGGUAGUGAAUGACACAGUGGGGACCAUGAUGAGCUGCGCCUAUGAAGACCCCCAGUGUGAAAUUGGACUGAUUGCUGGAACUGGCACUAAUGUUUGUUACAUGGAGGAACUCAAGAACAUUGAGAAGACAGGACAAAAGACAGGGAAACAUGAGAGAGAAGAGAGGACGCCUGAAGGAGAGGAUAAGGAUGACGGGACAGAAAGAGAGAGAAAGGAGGGGGACGCUGAGAUACCAAGGAUGUGUAUAAACACAGAGUGGGGGGGUCUGGGUGAUGACCGCUCUCUGGAUGACAUCAUCACACCUUAUGACAUUGAGGUCGACCAAAACUCACUAAAUCCUGGAAAACAAAGGUUUGAAAAGCUGACCAGUGGGAUGUAUUUGGGAGAAGUUGUCCGUCAAGUAUUACUGGAUUUAACCAGUGGAGGUUUGCUGUUCAGAGGACACGUCACUGAAGCUUUAAAAACAUCUGGAAUAUUCCAAACCCAAUACCUGUCACAAAUCGAGAGUGACCGCCUGGCUCUACUGCAGGUCAGAUCUGUUCUCCAACAGCUGGGACUCGACAGCACCUGCGAUGACAGCAUCAUUGUCAAAGAGGUAUGCGGCACAGUGUCACGUCGUGCAGCUCAGCUGUGUGGGGCAGGAAUGGCGGCCGUGGUUGAUAAGAUCAGAGAGAACCGAGGACUGGACCAUUUGAACAUCACUGUAGGGGUGGAUGGUGCACUCUACAAACUUCAUCCACAUUUCUCUCGAGUCCUCCAAGAGACUGCCAGAGUUUUGGCUCCUCAGUGUAACGUGACCUUCUUGCCAUCAGAGGAAGGCAGCGGGAAGGGUGCCGCCCUCAUCACAGCUGUGGCCAAACAGAAACGGGACAUGUAA